CAAUAACAUUCCGUUUCCAACACUCCCUCUCGGCAGAUUAGUGACGCAAACGUUAUCUCACUUUUUAAACGAGUAGGCUACAUAGUUUUUACAUGUUCAGUAUUUUGUUUACUAACACUUUCAUUUAUAUAUGGAAUCUAUCUUGGCUUGAGAAAGAGAACCAAACUGUACAUCUUCUGGGGGAUGAUUAAACCUGUCUUUGAAGACGGAUUGUUUGAAUAAGGAAAAGGAGAGAAAAACGAAAGUUGUUCCAGUUGUGAUUUUUUGUUGUUGUUGUAUGGUCCACAUCCCUCUGCAGCAAUGGAGAUAGAUAGUAUGGUGGCGAACAGCGCACUCAUCAGAGCCAGAGGAGGUGGAGGGGGAAAAGGCAGGAGUUGGAAAUGGAAAGACAUGCUGCGCUUCCCUCACAUCAGCCAGUGUAUGGAGCUGGCAAAAACCCUCGAGCGAGACUACUACAGUCUGUGUGUGAAGCAGCCUAUCGGCAGACAACUAUUCCGUCUCUUCUGUCAGAGCAAACCUGAGCUGCGGCACUGCAACUCCCUAUUGGACAAAAUGGGGGAGUAUGAGGUGAAGUCAGAUGAGGAGAAGAGGAGUUUUGGCAUGCAAAUCAUUAACAGGUUCCUCAGUAGACAGUCAUCUGAGUGUGUACAGGUAGUAGAGCGCUAUGGUGAGGGGUGUAGGGAGAGUCUGGAGGAGCAGCACAGUAGAGAAGUCUUCAUUGACUGCACAGAUGACCUCCAUGAGUACCUGAGCGGUGCCCCCUUCCUUCAGUACCAGCAGAGCAUGUACUUUGACCGUUUCCUGCAGUGGAAGAUGGUAGAGAGACAGCCUGUUACCAAACACAUCUUCAGACAGUACAGGUUGCUUGGCAAGGGAGGCUUCGGGGAGGUGUGGGCAUUCCAGGCACGUGCCUCUGGGAAGAUGUAUGCAUGUAAGAAGCUGGAGAAGACUCACGUGAAGAAGGGGAAAGGAGAGGCCAUGGCACUCAAUGAGAAACAGAUACUAGAGACACUUAACAGCAGAUUUGUGGUCAGUCUGGCGUAUGCGUAUGAAACCAAACAGUCUCUCUGUCUGGUGCUGACCAUAAUGAACGGAGGAGACCUGCGGUUCCACAUCUAUAACAUGGGUACUUCAGGCCUGGAGCAGGACAGGGUUCAGUUUUAUGCUGCUGAGGUCUGCUGUGGUCUCCACCACCUCCACCAGAUGAACAUUGUCUACAGGGAUCUAAAACCAGAGAACAUCCUUCUGGAUGACAACGGGCACAUCCGUAUCUCAGACCUGGGCCUGGCGGUGACACUAUCUGAGGGGAAUCUGGUACGAGGCAGGGUGGGCACCCUGGGCUACAUGGCUCCAGAGGUGAUUGGCAACGACUACUACGGGUUGAGCCCUGAUUGGUGGGGCCUGGGCUGCCUUGUGUACGAAAUGACGGCAGGACGAUCCCCAUUCAAGAGAAAGGGGGAGCGAUUGAUAGGAAAGGAGAUGGAGAGAAGGAUACAGGAGGAGGAGGAGGAGUACGGAAAGAUAUUUAGCAACGAGACGAAGGACUUCUGUCGCUUGCUGUUGACUAAAGACCCGAGAGAUAGGCUGGGGUGUCAGGGGAGUGGGGUGUAUGGGAUUCAGUCCCAUCCCUUCUUCAGAACCAUCAACUUCAGAAGGCUGGAGGCCGGAGUCAUUGAGCCACCCUUCAAACCGGAUCCCAGAGCAGUUUACUGCCAGGAUGUUCAGGACAUUGAUGAGUUCUCCACAGUAAAAGGAGUCAUUUUGGAGAGGGCAGACAACGACUUCUACAUCAAGUUUAACACAGGCUCCGUGGCCAUACCCUGGCAGACAGAGAUGAUAGAGAUGGGUUGUUUCAAGGAGCUGAAUGUGUUCGGGCCUCAGGGUUCCAGACCCCCUGACCUGGACUGGACCCAGACCCCUGCCCCAGUGAGCCCCAAACGCAGCCUGCUGGACCGCUUAUUCCGCAGACAUCAUUCAGAGGAGUCAGGCAGCAGAAGACACAAGUCAGACAGCAGCAGCAUGGACUCAGCUAGCCUGCUCAGCACUACAAUCUAGUGGUGGAGGCACAGCACUACAGCCAAUGGACUAAAGCCAAAGCUGCAACAGACGUUGGAGUGCCUGGGCCAUUCCAUCUAUCGUUCACCAGCUCAGGCCAAAGAGACCACCCCCGUACUAUCAUCCAGGAGGUGGUCAUCUUAUUUCUGCAUGAGUCAGAUCAGAGAGAACCUCAGCUAAUAUUGUUCUGAUUUUGUACCCGUGUGUUUAUGUAACCUUAGUAUAAAAACCUUGAAAACAAAUCUUUCCAAAUCUUUAAUUUAUUAAAACCAGCAUGAAAGUAAAACAAAAGUAAAUAGUUAAAACAAGACCAAACCUUAAUAUUUCACAUCUGUAACCAGGUUUCUAUCCAACCUUUUUAUGCUCGUAAAGUACGCUGGGUAAAAAAUGUCACAUCAGGCCUGAUGGAAACAGCAAAUUUGUUGGUAAACUUUACAAAUAUCGACAAAACAAAACACAUUAGACAAGGUGGGAUAUUUUUUGUGUCUGAACUAUGCGAGUAAUGGCGGUGGAAAUGCUUUCAUGGGCAAAUAUUGAUAUAAUAACCAUCAUAUCGAAGUAAAUUUGAGAGUCACGUGAUGACGUGUGUGGUCCUCACACUACGACUAGGGAAAGAAUGAAGUUUAUUAGGCUACAAAUGAAAUUAAUGAUGGUAAACUUCACAGCGUGGUGAAAGUGGAAGGUGAUAAGAUUGGUGCUCCUUUCCAAUACAUAUCGAGGGUCUUAUUCUGGUGACAUGAUGAUUGAGGCAUGCCAUUUGACAAAUUAAAAAUAAUCUUGCACUUUUGUUCAUAAUAAUCUCACAUGUAGACUAUACCCACUGUAUGUACGAGCUGCUGACUGGACCGCACAUGCCAAUACUUGAAUGGGCACAUUCACUACGUAACACAAUUUGUUCUGUGACAAAACCAUCAGUAGAGUUGAAAAUGCAAUGAAAACCCAUUUAACUUGAUUUACGUUUUUUUAUUCGGUACAUAGGAAUUUAACCACAAAAGUUGUUUUUAUGUGCACUAUGUCGUCACGCAGACUAAUUCGCAACCAGUCAGAUUUUUAUCAUAUUUGCAUGAAGAUCUGUGGCCAAUAGUAUGGAACCCUAGCUUGAGACCAGCUGGCAGGUAAUGAACAUGUUCAUAUGGUUGAAGAAAGAAUAUCUGGAACUGAGAAUAUCUGGGGUGUUUGACAAAAAUGGAUAAUGAAUUUGAAACUUGUCCAUACAUACAUUAUUUUAUAGUGCUGGAACACCUAAAGUGCUUCAUACACAAAAAAGAGUUGUUCAGAUAAGCAAGUCUCAUUUUAGAUCACACACAUCUUGUUCAAUAGAAGUGUACAGCUGAUUUAAGUUACCAAUGACAAUGUUUAAGGGACACCACAGAGAGACUGCAAAGUGUUCAUGUUCAGGUUGACAUCAACCCACCUAUAAAUGAUGGAAUGGACUCCUCCAUGCCUGUCCAAA